AAUCACUGAAAUGCCAGCACCGCUUUUAUUAUUAUAAUCUUUUUCUUUUCUGCCACAAUUGUUGCUUGUUUUCAUAUUUAACGGGAUGUCUUUUCCCACCACAAGUUCCCAGCAAGCCGAGACGAACCGCAAAAUACUCGAGGAGAUCCAGUCGAAGAAGCAGUUGCUGGCCGGCGGCAUCCUUAAUCUCGGAUUGAGCACCACGAGUCAGAUGCCCGCUCCUCAGUUACUGGGACAGCCGACGACCGUUAAUCCAGAUUUCCAGCUGGGCGUGGGCAUUGCCACUAAUGCCACGCCUACCGCCCGCUCUGCAUUUAAUCCAACGAGCUCUACAACUCUGGGUUUCUUUAUACCUCAGGAUUCGUAUUUUGGAAAUAGUUUCAUACCCGUGCUGCCACGUCUGGAGCCGCUGCCGUCGCCCGCGACUACCCCCACCACGCCCAACGCCCCCGCCACCCACAAUAUCAGCAAAUAG